AUGUGGUCUCUACCUAUCCUCGCGACUUUGCUCUUCCUAACCCCCCUCUCCCUGGCUGGGAAAAAGUGCACCACCACCACGCCCUGCCCAACCGUCACCACCACAGCCGAGAUUUGCUCAACCUGCGUUCUCAAAGAGUGCCUCGCCCUCUCCACAAUCUCCAACCCACGCUCCUGCCCACCCAAGGUCGCCACCGUCACCACAUCCUACCCCUGCGCCGAGAAUACCUGUCCCGACGGCUGCGCGUCUACUUCUUACAUCUACGCAUCCACCUACGGAAACCCUCACCCUACCAUUACCAAGAAGCCCGCAUGUCCAACUGUCACUUCUGUUCUUGGACGGUGCUCGACUUGUGUCAUGCCCAUGUGUAUGGCUCGUUCUACUAUCAAGUCUGAAUGUGGAUGUCCUCUUACUGCGGCUACUGUCACGACGAGCUAUGCUUGUGAUGGUAAAUGUCCUGGUGGAUGUGCGGGAACCGAGUAUGUGUAUGAUACUGUGACGCCGGAUUGUAAGGGGUAUCCCACUGCUGUGUAG